AAGAUCGACGAGCUCACUCCGGCUAAUCAGACGUGCCUCGACUAUCAUAAAGAGUAGACGAGUGCCAGUCCUCUAAAGAGUCAUCGUCAUCGUGUAUCUCGCUACCCAGCUGCAGUGUCCUCCUUCGAGACGACAGUCCAACAUCGAGAGAGAAACGAUCAUCAUCUGCUUCUUCGUUUGAAACGUCAUCGUGCUGAGCGACCUGGAAUUCGCAACAGCAGCGCAGCAUCCAGUCUCCCGCACAUACGAUCGAACUGAGAGUCUCUCGUUACUUCUUUCGUGGCUGUGAGGGCCCAGCCCCUCCAAAAUGACCAACAUGGAGGCCGAGUGGAAGAACUGGGCCUCGAUUAUUCGGUCGUGCAUCAUAACAUCGAAAACGCCACUCACGCCCCUUGAAAUUAACCGCGACGUAAAGAUGCUCGAAGGUAAAGAUGUACCUUACAGAGCCUUCAAUUAUCAAAAUUUGGAGGCGAUGCUGCGCAAGGUUCCCGGCUUGCAGGUUUUUCAAGUGAACGGAAAAACUGUGGUGAAAGUUUUGCCUACAGAGAACACCGCGCACAUUGCCAAUAUGGUGCGACUGCAAAAGUCGAGCAAGAAAAAGAGGACAAUAGUAAAUAGGUUCAAUGCCGGACGGAGAACCUAUGCAAAUACUCGUCCUCAGCAGACCAGCAAUAACCGAACAAAUGUGCCAAACCGACCGAGUAUACAGAACCGAAUAAAUACAUCCAAUAACAGUUACUCGAGGUCAUUUUCUACCGAGCCACAGAGGAGGGCUACACCAUCGCCUACGGCGCACAAUACUCCAACGCGUAGCAAUAGUUACGAUGCUGCGAGUACGACACCGACUCCGUUGAUGCAAACACCAAUAACGCCACCUCCGACACCGCUGAUGCAGAAGCUCGUUACACCGCCGACGACUUCUUCUCAUCAGAAGCCGCAGCAAUCUAAGACUGUAUCGUUCUCGAGUAUUCAAAGUAGGCUAUCACCUCCUCCGCUUAUGCAGCAGAAGGUUCAGAUGCCACAGGUUCCGGUUCCAAAGCCGAAUUUGGCUCAGAGGCUGAACGUCGCGCAGCAGCGUCCCAUUCCAGUGCCAAUUGUUGACGACCCACGUCUUAGGUUACUUAGUUACACAGAGGCUAGAAAGCUUCCCCAUCCCGUAUAUAUAGAUGUUUCUGUUAAAAACGAUAAAAAUAUUUAUUCCGCUGUUAUGGUUUGUGGCAAGAAACAUAGUUCGUAUCCCCAGGAGGCCAAAACGAAAGAUGAGGCGGAAAAGCUAGCCGCCAAGAACGCAUUGAGCGUACUGAUGCAAAAUACGACUCCACAGAUCACGACGGAAGACAGGUCUCUAAUUUUAAAAAGAGUCUUAGAAAUCAUCGACAAUCAUCCCAAUGGUAUGUUCGAGUCUUGUAUCGUGGAAACCUAUGUGGAGAAAUAUGUUGAAGCUUUGCCUAAAAAUUGGCUGAAAAUCGUCGACCAAGCGGUAAUGAUCGACGUAGGGGCAAACAAUCAGGCUAUAUUGAGUCCAUUAUCGAGGAGUGCCGACGGAAAACGAUCAACCAGUCCUCGAGCUCAUUCUCCUCUGUUAAACCAAGAACCAGACGUUUUGCAGCUGAAGGACAUGGACGAAUUUUGGCUCCACGUGUAUGUGGUGUAUGGAACUACCGACAUAUGGGGUGUUAUAAUCGAUGAAGAUCACAGUGACAAGAUAGACGAACUUGCACAGGAGAUGAAAACGUGGUAUGACGUUCACAACUCACCUGUCCCUACGAUUGUUCCCGGCAAAUAUUACGCGGUACUUGACUCUGAGUAUCACAGAGUGCGUUGCAUCAAGGUUGAUCCGGAAUCUCAACAAGCGACUGUCUUCUUCAUCGAUCGAGGAGACGAAGAUGUCUUCCCAGUAACGCGUCUACGUAGUUUACAAUCUGAAUUCUGCGUAUUACCAGCGCAGUCGGUUCGACUAUCUCUGACGGGGUUGGAGGAUUUUGCAUUUUGCGAAGAAAUACAAACACUGUUGGAAGAGAUGCUCGUAGAUAAGACAGUUCUUGUAAAAAAUAUGAAAUUCGAGCCGAUGUAUAACGAAGAAAGAUACGUGAACCCAGUCUCGGCUCAGCUUGAGUUUGAAGAGGAGGAGAGCGUCAAUGAUAAAGUCAAGCAAGAAAUAAUGCGAAUUCUUGACCCUAACACUAAAAUUGGAGUGGAAAAUACAGCGCAACAAGGAUUCAUCUCGCACGUCUCUGAUAAGGCAAUUUUUGUUCAGCUGAAAUCGACGGGAUUAGAAUUGUUUAACAAUCUUCUGGACAAAUUAACCAGAGAUUGUUUCAACAAAUCUCACUUUAAGUUGAAACCAGUGUCGAGGUUUGACCCAACAAAAAUAUACCUUACAGAGAAUCCAGAGGAUAAAAAAUGGUACAGGGCCAAAAUUACUAGGAUUAUAAAUGAAACUGAAGCCCAAGUUAUGUGCAUUGACGUUGGAAAUGCAAUCCAAGUCAAGAAGGAUAAGUUGGUUUUACUUGAAGAAUUAAGUAAUCUUCUAACAGUGUACCCAAAACAAGCUGUGCAGGUUCAGCUGCACAAGAUUUCCCAGAUUGAUUUCGACAGAAAAAUGGCACAGCAUUUACGCAAACUGGCGCCAAGAAGCGAUUUGUUCUAUUUUAAAGUAGUAGGAAUUUACGAAAAAGUUCCUAUUGUAGAAUUUUACAAAAGAACAGAGAACAAUUACUUAGCAUCUCUGAAUGACACGCUAGCCUUGGAACCAGAAAUACAGUCCAAAGAUGACGAAUAUAAUAAUAACACGAAACCCCGUAUAAGGAACGUUAGAUCAUCUAUUGGAACGCGCUCAGAGUUUCCGCUCAAAGCUCCGAGUAUACCUCCAGUUGACUCGUUCUUCGAUGUACACAUCACAAUGGCAGCUCAUCCAGGCAACUUCACCAUUCAACCCCUGCUAAAUGUUCCAGAGUUAGAGAAAUUGAUGGUGGAACUUUCGAAUGUCUGCAAUUCGUACAAUGGUCCCCCUCUUACGCCAGGUGCUGUAAAAGUCGGGAACAUGUACGCAGCAAAAUAUGAUGAUGGACGAUGGUAUCGAGCGUACGUCUCAAAAGUCAUCAGUAAAAAUGUCUGCGCCGUUUAUUUCUGUGAUUAUGGUGACUACAGAGCUGUAACCUUGGAUUUACUUCAACCGCUUCAGAAUCAGUUCUAUGAUUUACCAUACCAAGCCAUUAAGGCAAAAUUACAUGGAAUAACGCCGAAAUUGAAGGGUGACUGGUCCGUGAAAGACACUUUAAGAUUCAAUGAACUAAUCGUAUCCAAAAAGCUCGUAUCAAUCAUCAAGUCCUGCGACAUGGACAAUCUUCAAUCGGGAGAUACCGUUUUAAGUUUAGAACUAAUUGACACAACUACUUCAGAAGAUAUUUAUAUUACAAAUGUUCUCGUCAACGAAAACCGAGCAGACAGAGUUGAUAAGGUCAAUGUCUGAGGAGUUAUUAAACGAAAGACGCUAAUAGUAUUACGUAUUUGUUAUAUUUAAAUAUUUAUAAAAAUAUUUUUGGAUAAUUUCUAAAGAAAAGAAAACCGUGACACGCGACUUCGAUUAUCUAGUUAGAUUGAAAAAUUAAUGAUAUUUAUACCACUCUAACCUCAAAAUCACAAUUUUAAUGUGAAUUUUCGGCUCUCAUGGUAUAAAAUAUCGUAUGUAACUUGUACAUAAAGACUGCAUUUUCAAAACGAGAGUUUGCUGUAACGAGUUUUCAAAAUGCAGUCUCCGUACCCGUUGCAUAAUAUACUAUUAGAUAGACAAAAGAUUAAAUAUGUCAAAUGACAUACUCUAUAACUAUAUAUAAAAUAAGAAUCGAUAUUUUUUGAUAUAGUAAUUUUAAUAAAUAAA